UCAUCAUCACUCACUUAUUGAAUAUCUCCCGACCACCACCACCAACUACAAUGAUUUUGUAACGAAAAAAAACAUUGAGAUCUUCACCCUAUCAUUUCACCAUGUCUCCACGACUCCUUGUCGUCUUCCUCCUCGCUCUUCUCCCUUUCUCCUCUUCUUGCAGAGACGCGCAAGAAAAGGACAGAAUCUCGCGUCUUCCCGGCGAGCCCAACGAUGUCUCCUUCUCACACUACUCUGGCUACGUCACGGUCAACGAGUCAGCUGGUAGAGCGCUCUUCUACUGGCUCACCGAGUCAAGUCAACACCCCGAGUCAAAACCACUCGUCCUCUGGCUCAACGGUGGCCCUGGCUGCUCCUCCUUAGCUUAUGGCGCUGCUGAAGAGAUCGGUCCUUUUAGGAUCAACCCUGAUGGCAAAACUCUUUACCACAAUCCUUACGCUUGGAACAAAUUGGCGAACUUGCUGUUUCUUGAAUCACCAGCUGGUGUUGGUUUCUCGUAUUCGAAUACUACCUCUGACUUGUACACUGCUGGAGAUCAGAGAACAGUGUUGCUGCAUGCAGCUGAAGAUGCGUAUGUGUUUCUUGUGAAAUGGUUUGAAAGGUUUCCACAGUACAAACACAGAGAGUUUUACAUUGCUGGAGAAAGCUACGCUGGUCACUAUGUUCCUCAGUUGUCACAGAUUGUUCACCGGAAAAACAAUCCAGCUAUCAACUUCAAAGGCUUCAUUGUGGGGAAUGCUGUGAUUGAUGACUACCAUGAUUUUGUGGGAUUGUUUGAGUACUGGUGGACUCAUGGGUUGAUAUCUGAUCUCACUUACCACAACUUAAGGAUCACUUGUGAGUUUGUAUCGUCAGAGCACCCUUCCCCUGAAUGCAGCAAGGCCAUUGAAGCUGCGGACAAGGAGCAAGGAGAUAUUGAUCCUUAUAGCAUUUACACUGUCACUUGUAAGAAGGAAGCUGCAGCUCUUAGGUCACGUUUCUUGAGGGUUCGUCAUCCAUGGAUGUGGAGAGCAUAUGACCCUUGCACAGAGAGAUACUCUGGCAUGUAUUUCAACUCUCCAGAGGUUCAAAAGGCUAUGCAUGCUAAUACAACCGGACUUGCUUAUCCAUGGAAAACUUGCAGUGACAUUGUUGGAGAAAAAUGGGCGGAUUCUCCUCUCUCUAUGCUUCCUAUCUACAAGGAGCUCAUCGGUGCAGGCCUCAGAAUAUGGGUUUUCAGUGGAGAUACUGACUCAGUGGUUCCUGUGACUGGAACUCGAUACUCCAUUAGAGCCCUCAAGUUACAACCAGUCUCCAAAUGGUACCCUUGGUACGACAAUGGACAGGUUGGUGGGUGGAGCCAAGUUUACAAAGGACUGACUCUAGUGACAAUCCAUGGAGCAGGGCAUGAAGUGCCUCUUCACCGACCACGUCGAGGCUUCCUUCUUUUUCAGUCGUUUCUCAACAACAAGCCAAUGUAAAUUUUAAGACACUGUGGGUGAUAGGACCAGUGUUUCAGUUCAUUGGUACUGCUACCACAUAACCUUUUCAGGUUCUGUAAACUUGUCUUAUGCAGAUGCUUUGAAUUUUCAUGUGUUCUUUUUCAUUGUUUAUUUGUAAAAGCUUUGAGUAAACAUUAGUUUAAUUUGAUCUGAUAAUAAUGAGUGUUGUCUGUUGAUGUGUGGGAUGCUUAGCUGCUACCAUUAAAUUAAGGCUUUCCGUUU